UCGAUUAAACGUUGUUGACUUCCGGUUCUGAAAGAACGUUAAGGAUGAGAUAACAGAUGUGUUCUAAAGAGGAUUUCUUUAUCAUAACAACAUCAUUGAUCACCAGGUAGUGGAAAAUAUAAAAAAAAAAAAAAAAAAUGAAUUAGACCGUUCACUGGAAAGAAAUCCCGGAAAGAAACAUUCUCCAUUUAAACGCACAUUCUAAACUAAGAAACUAUGCUGUUAAUGUCAUGUCAUGUCAAGACAUAUAUAAGAAUGGCAGGAAAUAACGUCCAACAAACGAUAGAAUAAUAUUUUACUCGGUCGUUAAUGUGUUUGGGAUUCGACAGUUGUAGUAAAAGGUUGUUUUCAAGGUAAUAUGUCGACUACAGUUGAUCGAGGCACGGCGAUGGACCACAGUCACUUACUGGAGAAGGAAACUGAAGCAAGGCUAAAGUUUGAGAAAGCUUGUCAACAAAUUGCACUAUUGGACCAGAAGAUCAAAGACUUAGAAGUCAGGUACAAGAGAGCGGUUAAAAACAAGAAAAACUCUUUCCGAUACAACUUGAGAUUAAGACUUUCAGUUGUAACUGGAGUGAAAAUGAUGUAUCAUCACCAUGCCAGUACUAAGGCUGAGGAGUUGACAAGAAUCAGGCGGCAGAUCAAUAACUCCAUACAGAAUUCAGAAGCUAGUCGUGACAGAGAAUCAAGGGAGAAUCUGGACUUUGCUCCUGUACGCUUGAGAAUUUCUAGAGACAGAGAGUCGCGGUCAAGCCAUAGUCAUGCCAGCACGUCUGUAGAAGAAGAGGCCUUCGCUCACCACAGCGGAGGAUGUUGAUAUACACUAGUGUAUAGUAGUGCUUCAUAAUCAUAAAAUAUGCCAAUCCGAACUACUCUAGGUUGAUAUAUCCUAUGAUUUUUUUGUUGAUUUGAAAAUUUCAGCCUUGUUUGAAAUAUAUUGGAUUUACUCAACAUGUAUAAUGAAUGUGCAGAAAUUUACAGUGAAUGUACAUUGAAUAUUUGUAAUGUAUUUGUGGUAUUUUCACUUGACGUUAAUUGUUUUGUAUAAUCAAAUGAUAGAUAACACCUAAAUUUAAUUCAAUGUGUAUUAACAGAUGUGAUUGUGUGCCAUCAUUCAUUUUGUAUUUGGAAUAAACAAAAUUGUAUUAUA